UUAGACAAAGAAGCCGAUCCCAAUUCAAAAGAUAAUGACGGCAGUACCCCAUUGAUGUUGGCUGCAGCUUAUGGCAAGAUUGAAGCUGUAAAUUAUCUUUUAGACAAAGGAGCCGAUCUCGAUAUUAGAGACCAGUCAGGAAGAAAUUCACUGUACGCUGCUUCAGAGGGUGGUAAUGUCGCAAUCAUCGAGACACUCAUGUCACGUGGUCUAGAUGUCAAUUCAAAAGAUAAUGACGGCAGUACCCCAUUGAUGUUGGCUGCAGCGCUUGGCGAGAUUGAAGCUGUAAAUUAUCUUUUAGACAAAGGGGCCGAUCCCUAUAUUAGAGACCAGUCAGGAAGAAAUUUUCUGCACGCUGCUUCUGAGGGUGGUUAUGUCGCAAUCAUCAAGACAUUCAUGUCACGUGGUCUAAAUGUCAAUUCAAAAGAUAAUAACGGCAGAACCCCAUUGAUGUUGGCUGCAGCGUCUGGCAAGAUUGAAGCUGUAAAUUAUCUUUUACACAAA